AUGGUCUUAGAAACGCAUUUGUAUGACAUUUUAUUGGUGUCACCAGAUGCUAGUACAGAAGAGAUAUCACGGAGCUACAGAAAAGUUGCCCUUAAAUGUCAUCCAGAUAAAACGAAUCAUGAUCCCGAAUUGACGGAGCAGUUCAAAGAAGUGACUAGAGCAUACGAAAUACUAAAGGACGAAAAAGCAAGGGAUGUUUAUAACCAUUACGGAGAGGCAGGCCUUAAUGGAACGUGUGAGUCUAAGACGGGCACCAGCGGAGUGAAAAAGUACAACAACUCGUACAAUGUGCGUACGGCUACUGACAUAUUCUCGAACGUUUUUAAUGAUAUAAAUUCGAUGUUCAAUCGGGAUCCAUUUGGCAGUAGCUUUGAAGCAUUCCUGCAGUUUCCAAUGAAUAUGAAUAUGAAUAUGGGCAUGAACAUGAAUAUGAACUCGAACAUGAAUUUCAGUAUGGGGUCUUGCCAAGGUGAUUUCAAGAAAAGUGUGCAGCCUGCUCCUAAUGAAAACAAGAACAAAAUGGUUAGAGGCCACGAUAUACACCACACAUGUAAAGUUGGACUUGAAAACCUUAACGGAGGAAAAAUCGUAAAGUUCCAACUCCCCAAGAAUAGUCGAUGCUCUACGUGCAUUGGGUUGGGUGGCAUUAACCCUAAAUCAUGUCGUGUUUGUCAAGGUAAUGGACAGGUUUUCGUUACACUUUACAAUCAGUUUUCUCAAUUCCAGGAAUUACGCCAGUGUGAACCAUGUAAUGGAACUGGUAUAUAUAUAACACCAAAAGAUAGAUGUUUUGAAUGUGAUAAUGGUUAUGUCAAGGAGAAGAAAAUCAUAAAAGUUAAUAUAUUACCUGGAUUUAAAAAUGGAGAUAAAAUUAUCUUACAAGGAGAAGGGGAUGAAGGUAGAAAUAUUAUUCCUGGAGAUGUUGUGAUACAUCUAGAAGAGACGCCUCAUCCAUAUUUAGUAAGAAGAUCUAACGAUCUUUACAUGGACUAUGAUAUUGACUUGAGGACUGCAUUAUUAGGCGGUUCCAUAAUAUUGAACGAUUUUUUGAAGAAAGGUCAAGAUUUAAAGAUAAAUAUAAACGUUCAUGGAAAUGAAGAUUUGAAUCGAAGUGCUGGCGACAAUAUUCAAGAAGGUGAGAUAGUAGGUACAAUUAACUCGGGAAUCCCAAAAAUUGUUAAGAAUUCGGGGAUGCCAAUAAAUGAUUUGAAUAUGAAAGGAGUUUUUUACCAAAGCACGGAGGAUAUAAAUGAGACAUGUGAUAUGUUUGAUUUAAAGAAAUAUGCAAGAGGUGAUCUUUUCAUCCGAUUCAAUGUUAUAAUACCAUCAGUUUCCGAUUUCAAAGAUGACAAAUCAUUUUUUACACUUGCAAACAUUCUUCCUAGCACUAUUCCUCAAGUUUCUAAAACAGUACCGGAGAAAACACUUGAAACUCAUCUAUCAAAUAUUCCAAAUUUCAGUGACGAUACUAACUCAAAUCAAAAUGCCACCAUAAACCCAGCAUACUCCUCGGGAUCAUCCGAGGAUAGUUUAGACGAUAAGCAAAGUCAUAAAAAGCUUAAAAAAUCGAAUUAUGAUAAUUACACUGUUGAUGAAAUUUCGAAUUCAGAGUACGAUUAUGAUGAUAUCAAUAUUGAAGAUGAUAAUGUUGAUGGAAAUGAAAGCGAAGAAGAACAAUUCUAUGCAAGUGAAUGGAGUAAAGAAAAGAAGAAUCGUGGCAAGAAGAGGAAGAAGGACGAUAGCUUCAUGGAUGGUUCUAAUAGUAUGCAUGAUUCUGGUAUUCAAUGCUAA